AAACCAAUGAUGACCUAUUAAAGAAGUUUGACUUAUCAUCAUCUUCUGAAAAGGCGUCAAUAAUUAUGGAAUCAUUAAAGCGCUGCCCAUCAGAUGCGCUAGAUAUGUUGCAGAAAUUUUUGAAUGAGGAUAGAGAGGGUGAUGAAGGAGAUGAAUUAGUUGGGGAGGAGGAAAAUGAUGAGAAUGUUCUUCCAUUUAGAGAGGAAAUAAGAAACGAACUAAAUGAUGCAAAGAAAGAAUAUAGAAAGGUGCCAGUUUCAUAUCAAUUUCGAUAUCAUUAG